UGACCCUCCAUGGAAUUUCACUUUCCCAGCCCUUCCCCCGUCCAGAACUGCUUCCAGGUUUUUGUUUCUGGGGAUGAAGCACGCAGAAUAGCUGAGGACAACAGUGCAGCAGAAACGUUGGUCGUGGCGAGCCAAGGCUGACAGCCGUGUUCUGCAAGUGGGAAGCGGCGAGUGUGAACAUGGCCUCUGGAGUGCAGGCCGAGACUUACACCGACGUUUUAAAUUGUUCCAUCUGCCUUGAUUUGUUCGUCGACCCGGUUUCUCUGGAGUGUGGGCACAACUUCUGCCACUCCUGCGUCACCGAGAUCUGGGAACAGAAAGAGAUAAACUCUUGCCCGGAAUGUGGAGAGAUCUUUCCAGAGAGAAACCUCAGGAUCAACCGGGCCUUGGCGAGCCUAGCUGAGAAAGCUCGAACAUUCAAACUGAACUCGGGAAAGACGGAAAGCAGACUCCAGUGCGAGGAACAUAAGGAAGAAGUGAAGCUCUUUUGUGAAAAUGACAAGGAAUUGAUUUGUCUGAAAUGUGUAGCAGCGCCGGAACAUGGCGACCACCGUUUCAUGUCCAUCAAUGAAGCUGCCGAAACUUACAAGGAUCAGAUGAAAUCGUCCUUAGGUGCCCUCACAGAGAAGCAAACGGCGAUUCUUGAAAUGGAGUGGGAGCAGAAACUGAAGAUUUCUAGAAUUAAGGAUCAGACCCUCAAUAUGCAGAGCAACAUCAAAAAUGAGUAUGCAAAAAUGCACCAAAUUCUCAAUGAGAAAGAGCAGCGUUUAAUCAGAGAUCUCAAGAAGCAAGAGGAGAACAUUCUGGAAACAAUGGGGCUGAAUCUUCAAGAAAUUCAAGACUACUUAAGUUCUGUUGAUGUGAAGAUAUCAAAGCUGCACCAAAGGAUGUAUCUGAGAGACAGUCUGACACUUCUGAAGGAGGAACGUCUGCAUAAGAAGAGGACUGGGGAGGAAGAUCAUCAACCAGCACUGGUGGAGGUUGGCCUGGCUAUUGAAAAAUUCAACGGUCCCAUACAGUACAUCACAUGGAAAGAAAUGAUCAAUUCCCUGAAUCCCGCUCCGGCCCCUCUAACUCUCGACCCGAGGACGGCCAACCCCUGGCUCAUCGUGUCCAAGGACCGGACCAGUGUGUGGUGCGGAGACAAGCGGCAGGACCUCCCCGACAGCCCGGCGAGGUUUGACCGCAGGGCCUACGUCCUGGGGUCGGAGGGAUUCAUGGCGGGGAGGCACUACUGGGAGGUGGAGGUGGGGGACAAGAUCUGGUGGGGCGUGGGAGUGGUUGAGGAAUCGGCCAAUCGGAAGGGGAGCGGCGAGCUGAGACCCGAGACCGGAUUCUUCACCGUGUGCCUGCUGCCUGGAAAAGGUUACAUUGAAUUUGCCUCUCCCUCACGUAGCCCCCUCACCCCCAGUAUGAAUCCCAGGAGGAUCGGAGUGUUCCUUGAUUAUGAAGCUGGGCAGGUGUCAUUUUACAAUGCGGACGACAUGUCCCAUCUCCACACCUACACCCACACUUUCAUCGAGAAAGUCUUCCCCAUCUUCAGCCCAGGUCGGAACGACGCCGGGGAUAACUCAGCGCCACUGAGAAUCUGCAGGGUGAAAGCUCACUGAGGGCUUCAGCCCUAAUUUCACACUGAGGACCUGCCUCCUACAAGUUGCAAACUUCUGGGUGACCCCUCUGCCACAGAAUGGUGUGGACGGUGGAUGUCUCUCCUGAGGCAGUGUCCUGUUGCUGACGUCCCUUUGUUUAAACAGUGCAAGUUUGGAUAAACUCUUAGCAACCACUCCAGAUUCUCCUUUAAAAUGAAAUAAAAAUUCACUAACGUCACUGGGGACCCGAGGAGCAUAACAUCACCAUUAUUGUAACCUGGAAUGCACUGUCUGGAGGUAACCAAGACAGCAUGGAAGGGGCCAGGGCAUGGGGUUAUACAGUACAAGAGCUAUACAGCAUGUUAAACUGGCCCUUUGGCCCGAUGCAUCCAUGCUGGCCAACUUCCCUAACUGAGCUAGUCCCCAGUUGCCCGCGUUUGACCCAUAUCCCUGUAAUCCUUUCCUAUCCAUGCACCUCUACAGUAUUCUCCACGGUAAAUACAGAUGAGAAAUAUUCAUUUAGGAGCUCGCCCAUCUCCUUUGGCUUCACACAUAGAACACCUCUCUGAUCUUUAAAGGGCCCUAUCCUCUCCCUAGUGCCCUCAAUAUAAGAUAAGAUAUCUUUAUUAGUCACAUGUACAUAUGCAUCUUCUGCGUAGAGUGUUCUGGGGGCAGCCCGUUAAGUGUCGCCACGCUUCCAGGGCUAACAUGGCAUGCCCACAACCUCCUAACCUGUACAUCUUUGGAAUGUGGGAGGAAACCGGAGCACCCGGAGGAAACCCACGCAGACACGGGGAGAACAUACAAACUCCUUACAGACAGUGGCAGGAAUUGAACCUGGGUUGCUGGCGCUGUAAUAGCAUCACGCUAACCGCUACACUACCGUGCCUGCUGUACCUGAAUUCUCCUUUACUUUAUCUUGUAAAGCUAUCUCAUGCUCCCUUUUUGCCCUGCUGAUAUUCAUCUUAACUGUAGUCCUAUACUCCCUGUACUCCUCAGGGGAUUCACUUGAUCCCAGCUGCCUAUACCUAACAUAUGCCGCAUUUUUAUUGACUAAAGCCGCAAUAUCUCUUGUCAUCCAGGGUUCCCUUCUCCUGCCAACCUUGCCCUUCACUCUAACAGGAACAUGCUGGUCCUGAACUCUCGCUAUCUCAUUUCUAAAAGCCUACCACCUCCCAGACACCCCUUUACCUGCAAACAGCCUCCCCCACUCAACUUUUGAAAGCUCCUGUCUAAUUCCUCCAAAACUGGCCUUGCCCCAAUUUAGAACUUUAACUUGUGGACCAGUCCUAUCCUUUUCCGCAACUAUUUAAAAAAUAAUAGAAUUAUGGUCACUGGUCCCAAAGUGCUCCCCCACUGACACCUCAGUCACCUGCCCCGCCUCAGUUCCCAAGAGCAGGGAGAGUUUUGCUCCUUCUCUAGUAGGGCACAUUAAUUGAGAAAUUUUUCCUGAACACACUUAACAAAUUCCUCCCCAAUAAAGCCCUUAACUCAAUGGAGGUACCAGUCAAUGUUUGGAAAGUUAAAAUCCUUUAGUACCACAAUCCUAUUAUUCACGCAGCUGUAUGUGAUCUUCCUAUGUAUUUGCUCCUCUCAUUCCCACUGACAGUUGGGGUUCUGUGAACAGCUCUUUCAAAGAACUGGCAUGGAGUCAGAGCACAUAGAACAGUACAGCACAGGAAUAGGCCUUCGGUCCAUGAUGUUCUGCUGAACUAAUAAAACUAGUAAUUAAAUGCCUAACUAAACUGAAACCUUCUGCCUCCACAAUGUCCAUAUCCCUCCAUUCUCUGCACAUUCAUGUGCCUAUCUAAGAGCCUCUUGAACACCUCUAUUGUAUCUGCCUCCACCACCACCCCUGACAGCACAUUCCAGGCACCCACCACUCUGUGUAAAAAAAUUUGUCCUGCUCAUCUCCUUUGGACUUAACCCCCUCUCACCUUAAAUGCGUGCCCUCCAGUAUUAGACAUUUCAAUCCUGGGAAAAAGAUACUGGCUAUCAACUCUGUCUAUGCCUCCCAUAAUCACAGAAACCUCUAUCAGGUCUCCCCUCAGCAACCACGGCUCCAGAGAAAACAACCCAAGUUUGUCUAACCUCUCUUUACAGCACAUGCCCUCUUAAUCCAGGCAGCACCCUGGUAAACCUCUUCCGCACCCUCUCCAAAACCUUCACAUCCUUCCUAUAACGGGGUGACCAGAAUUGAAUGCAAUACUCCAGAUGCGGCCUAAACAGAGUUUUAUAAAGCUGCAACAUAACUUCUUGAGCCUUGAACUCAAUGCCUUGACGAAUAAAGUCAAGAAUACCAUAUGCCUUCUUUGCCGUCUUAUCAACCUGUGCAGCCACUUUCAGGGAGCUAUGGACUUGGACCCCAAGAUUCCUCAUUGGACUAAACGGCCUCCCUCCUGUGCCCCACCAGUCUAAGAUUCUAUGAUUAGUUUAACAGGCGGUUGAUCAGUACAGGAGGUGAUGCUUUGGUUAAGUUUAGGUUAGUCAGUAGUUUGCUAAAAUGUAAUUUUGUUAUACCAACUGUGUCAUAUUAAUAAAGUAGUGAACAUGACUGAUUUGUUGCCAUUAAUCAGCUCUUUGUUAGGGACGAAACGAUGGCAUGCAGGAGGAUGAGAGGUGAUCUCAUUGACGCCCACUGGAUACUGCAAGGCCUGGAUAGAGUGGAUGUGGAGAGGAUGUUUCCAUUAGCAGGAGAGUUUGGGACCAGAGGCCACAGCCUCAGAAUAAAGGGCGAGUCCCUUCAGGACUGAGAUGAGGAGG